GCCGCAGACGGCGGCCAGAUGGAUCCCGAAUCCGAACCCGCGUCCGUGGAGGUUCCUGCGGGGCGUGUGCUCAGCGCCUCGGAGCUCCGCGCCGCGCGCUCGCGGUCCCAGAAGCUGCCUCAGCGGUCGCGUGGCCCCAAGGACUUCCUCCCCGACGGCUCCGAGGCCCAGGCCGAGCGGCUGCGCCUGUGUCGCCAGGAGCUGUGGCAGCUGCUGGCGGAGGAGCGCGUGGAGCGCCUGGGCAGCUUGGUGGCCGCGGAGUGGAGGCCGGAAGAGGGCUUUGUGGAGUUGCGGUCCCCUGCGGGGAAAUUCUGGCAGACCAUGGGCUACUCGGAGCAAGGGCGCCAGCGGCUUCACCCCGAAGAGGCCCUGUAUCUGCUGGAGUGUGGCUCCAUCCAGCUCUUCUACCAAGACCUACCACUGUCUAUCCAGGAGGCCUACCAGCUGCUGCUGGCUGAGGACACCUUGAAUUUCCUACAAUAUCAGGUCUUCAGCCACCUGAAGAGACUGGGCUAUGUGGUUCGUCGGUUCCAACGAAGCUCUGUUGUGUCACCUUAUGAGAGGCAGCUUAACCUGGACGGCUAUGCCCAGUGCCUGGAGGAUGGGACUGGCAAAAGGAAGAGGAAUUCCAGCUGUCGGUCUGUUCAUAAGAAGGCCAAGGCCCUGCAGGAUUCCCUGACUCCUGUACUGGCAGCCUCCAGCUCACCUGACUGUGACCAGACUAGCCAGAACCCAGAGGACAAGCCCCAGGAGUCAAGCCCCAGGAAGGGCUCAGGGCUCCCCUUUCAGUUUCUGGGGUCCUCAGAACUUUGCCCUGAUCUAUCCAGGGAGGAUGUGGGAUGUGGCCAGGAGAGUGACAAAAUAGAGAAUGGAGCCAAAGGGCCUCCUAAGCUUCGCUGGAACUUUGAGCAGAUCUCAUUCCCCAACAUGGCUUCAGAUAGUCGCCACACCCUCCUGCCUGCCCCAGCCCCAGAGCUGCUCCCAGCCAAUGUCAUUGGGAGAGGGACAGAUGCUGAGUCCUGGUGCCAAAAGCUGAACCAGCGGAAAGAGAAGUUUUCCCGGAGAGACCGGGAACAGCAGGCACGGGUCCAGCAGUUCCGGGAGGAUGUGAAUGCAGAUCCCGAGGUACAGGGCUGCUCUAGCUGGCGGGAGUACAAGGAGCUGCUGCAGAGGCGACAGAUGCAGAAGAGCCAGCCCCUCCCUCCACACCUGUGGGGCCAGUCUGUUACCCCCUUGCUCAAGCCUGAUAAAGCUGAUUCCCCAGCUGAGGUCCUUCAACACAUCUCUGUGCUGCAGACAACACGCCUUGCUGAUGGAGGUUACCGGCUGCUGGAGAAGUCUAGAGGCUUGGAGAUCAGCUUUGAUAUUUACCAGGCUGACGCUGUGUCUACAUUCCGAAAAAACAACCCUGGCAAACCCUAUGCCCGAAUGUGUAUUAGUGGAUUUGACGAGCCUGUCCCAGACCUCUGCAGCCUCAAGCGGUUGACCUACCAGAGUGGGGAUGUUCCUCUGAUCUUUGCCCUGGUGGAUCAUGGUGACAUCUCCUUCUAUAGCUUGAGAGACUUCACGCUACCCAGGGAUCUGGAGCACUGACGACAGAGCUCUGGUCCCUGGACUGCUCUCAGGGACCUUGUCAGCUCUCACCUGGAACUGUCUGGGCCAACGUGGUCCAUGGCCCUGGGUGUCUGCUGUUUGUAGGGACGUGAAGCCUUGCCCCACACCCUCCUGCCUGGCUGUUGUGCUUUCAAGCCCCCCCUCCCCCGAAGUGCUGCCUGGCAGUGAACUCCUUGGAACUCAGGACUUAUUUUCAGAGGCCCAGAAGAUUGGGCAGAACAGAAGACUCUGUGCCUUUAAACCAGGGGGUGUCUGCUUCGUGCCAUAAAGCCAAAGCCAUUAAAAAAAAUAUAUUCUGCU